ACCAUGGAAACACUGCAUGGCUACAGACGGAUUCUUUUGCUUUCGGGCUUUCUUUUGUGCUUUUCAGAGAAUGCCUUUUCUCUCCUACGUUACUCUCUACCAGAAGAGUCAAAGACAGGAACGAUUAUUGGAAACAUUAUAAAGGAUCUGGGCUUCGACAUUAAAAAUCUUGAAGGUCGAGGAUUUCGUGUAAUUUCUGGGCCAAAACAACAGCUGCUGCAGGUAAAUCACAACACCGGAGUGCUUUUUGUGAAUGAAGUCAUUGACAGAGAAGUAUUAUGUGACAGAGGCGAGGCUUGCUUCAUUACCAUUAAAAUUAUUUUCGAAAACCCUUUAGAAAUACAUCAAGCUGAAAUUGAAAUUAUAGAUAUUAAUGAUAAUUCUCCUGCCUUUAAAGACAAUAACGUAAGCUUGGAAAUUCCAGAAUCGACCCCGGUUGGGUCGCGCUUUCCUUUAGACGGGGCCUAUGAUCCGGAUUCAGGUGCGAAUUCUUUGAAAUUCUAUCAGCUCACUCAAAACGAGCAUUUCGUUUUACAAGUAAAAGAAGGCAGCAAGAAAUAUAAAAUCCCCGUCUUAGUUCUUCAAAAAGCAUUGGACAGAGAGAUUAAGAAAAAUUUUGACUUUCUGUUGACAGCCUUUGAUGGGGGUAAUCCGCCGAGAUCUGGAAAUUUAAAUAUCAGUGUAACGGUAGGUGACAUUAAUGACAAUGCACCGGUUUUUCUUGAAGAAACAUAUAGUGUUACGCUUGAAGAAAAUGCCCCUUUGGGGACACUGGUUCUAAAAGUAAAUGCAUCGGAUUUAGAUGAAGGCAGUAAUGGCGAAGUUGUUUAUUCGUUUAAGCAAUCAGUUGAAUCUAAAGUCACCGAACUCUUUCAGCUGAAUAUGUAUACUGGAGAGAUAACGGUUAAAGGUGUGAUCGAUUUCGAAGAGAAAGAACUGUAUGAAUUUGACGUAAAGGCCACAGACAGUGGGCUCAUGUCAAUGAGUAGCCAUUGUACUGUAUUCAUUAAAAUUAAAGACAUGAAUGAUAAUGCACCUCUGAUUGAAGUAACAUCAUUAACGAAUUUAAUUCUCGAGGAUAUAAAACCAGGGACAACAGUCGGUUUAAUUAGUGCUACAGACAUCGAUUCAGGCCUUAAUUCUAAAACAACAUGUACCUUAUCCGACCAACUGAUGAUGCCUUUUGAACUUAAGCCAUCAUUGCAGGAAAAUCUGUAUUCCUUAGUAAUCAAUUCACGACUGGAUCGAGAAUCUGUACCCCAGUAUAAUAUAACAAUAAUUGCCAAAGACUUUGGCCAUCCUUCUCUAUCAUCCUAUGAAACAGUUGUAGUGAACGUGCUGGAUGUAAAUGAUAAUCCUCCCAGAUUUUUACAAGACACUUAUACAUUUUACAUACAGGAGAAUAACACUCCUGGAGCUCCACUCUUCACAGUUAGUGCAGUGGAUGUCGACGUGAAUGAAAAUGCUCUUGUCACGUAUUAUCUGCGAGAGAAUGAAUCUGUUGAAAAAACGAUUGUGCCUUUUCUCAGUAUCAACUCUGCAAAUGGACAGAUAUUCAGCUUUACAACAUUUGACUUUGAAGAUGUGAAAAGCUUCUCGUUCAGCGUAAUAGCUAAAGAUUCAGGAGUGCCUUCUCUCAACAGUAACGUAAUUGUGACCAUUUUUGUCUUAGAUCAGAAUGACAACCCUCCGGUAGUGGUGUUCCCGCUAACAAAUAAUGGAACCGCAAUGGUGGAGGAGUCGAUCCCUAGAAGUGUAAAAUCAGGCUAUUUGGUAACGAGAAUCCGUGCAUACGACGCCGAUGUGGGAUAUAAUGCAUGGCUUUCAUUUUUUCUGCAAGAGGCUACUGAUCCCACACUUUUUACUGUGGGGUGCUAUACAGGUGAAGUUAGGACUCUCAGAAGUAUAACGGAGUCUGAUGUCUCUAUACAAAAGGUGGUGAUACUGGUGAAAGAUUCCGGAAGCAUUUAUUUUUCUGCAUCUGCGACAGUAAUUGUUACAGUAGCCGAUAAAACGGAAGCGCUAACGUUUUCGGAAGUUAAAAACAGCAAGACAGAAGAACAGCAAGAAAACAGUUUGACAUUUUAUUUGGUAAUUGUUUUGAUUUCGCUGACAUCUUUAUUCAUUAUCAGCAUAAUCACUCUCAUUGUCUUGCAGUGUCACAGAAGACAUAAAAAUGCAAUACGUAACAAGUAUUUUGUUGACACAAACUAUGUUGAAGUGAGCGGCUCCCUAUUUCGUAGUAAUCAGUAUCAGACAGCUGAAAAAACAAUGGUAUUUAUUAAGCCAGGUAUGGACAGAGAUUCCUUGAUGGAGGCGGGGAGCAAUGCAAAUACUCUGCUUAUUUCCGAUGCUGGAUUUAAAACGACAGAAAGGGUGAGUUUUUAUUUUUAA